AUGGCACCCACGAUUUGGCCCAAUGCAAGCCCCAAUCAACUACGGGCGUUGGCCGGAGUGCCCAAGUUGACCUGCUUCAUGAGCAUUAUUGGGAGUUGCUACAUUAUCUUUGACAUUAGUCGGCUGCAACGGCGGAAUACCUAUCACAGGGUCGUCUUUGGGAUGAAUGUACUGGACCUGUUGGCUCUCCUUGCCUGGUUCUUUACCACGUGGCCAAUACCCGCCGACACACCUGGAGUGUACGGCGCCGUGGGAAACCAACGGACAUGUGAUGUACAGGGAUUCUUCUCGCAACUGAGUAUUGCCACGGUCCUCUACAACGCAUGUUUGUCAUUGUACUUUAUGCUAGUCAUUCGAUAUGGAUGGACCGAAAAGAGAAUACAAGACGCAAGGCUGGAAUAUUAUGUACACUUUGUGUGCAUCGGGGUGGGGAUUGGGACCGCUGUGGCAUCCCAAAUUUUGGGGUUAUACAAUCCGGCAGGUUGGCAAUGUUGGAUGAAUUCGGCGCCAGUGGGAUGUACCGAAAGUUGGAUUAUUGAUCACGGAUAUGGAACCAAAGAGGAUCCGGAUUACAUGCCGUGUGAACGAGGGGACAAUGCCAAUUUCUAUGUAUGGUUCUUCUUUUAUUUCCCCCUCUGGGUGUGCAUCCUUGUGGCAAGUGGAGCACUCUAUCAGGUAUAUGCGGCCUAUCGUCGACAAGAUGAAAUUGCCGAAAAGUGGCGACAAAAGCUACUCAAGUCGGGAAAAUCAUCUAGGAAGGUCGUCGUCAGUGGGGUCGGCGCGAUUACCAACAAAUUCAAUGAAAUAGCCGCGGCCGCCACUGCCGCCACACAGCGCAAGAAGAAACGCCGAAGACCUUCUGCUCAGCCAACCUUUACACCGUCCCAGAAACGACACAUGCGAAAACAACGCAGCCUCAAUGAUGUUUCCAGCGGCAGCAAUAUGCAAUCGAGCGGUCGACAUCAUAGCAUGCGACGACAACGAAGCUUGGAUGCCUUGUCUAGCAGUCGUCAGUCGAUGCUGCAUAACACCUCAGAGCCCUCCCAAACGGGCGUUCGAGGGAAUCCUCCUUAUGCUCGGUCACUCUCCAAUUCCUCCUCCCUUUUAUCGUAUUCCACUAACGGCGGGACCACCAGCAAGAAAUUGCCACCAGUGUUAGGAGGACACCUGUAUUCGGGAAAAGGUUACCAAUCGAGGUUCGUAGCGCUUCAAAGCAGCGUCGACAAGGCAGUCGACAGUCUACGACGGCGUAGUCGAGAUUCGCAGAAACGAAAGCAAGUCAAUGCCAAGACACAAAUGGUCACCACCCAAGCACUGCUGUACCUGUGCAGUUUCUAUUCGGCUUGGUUCUUUCAAUCCAUCAUGAGAAUACAGGAAAUGACAACCGAACCAGGAAUCCCCUAUUUCCAUUGGGUCUUUCUGAGUGCAAUUUUUGUGCCUUUACAAGGAUUGAUGAAUUUCAUUGUGUAUAUCCGACCCAAAUACCUGCAGAUUCGCAGAGAGAAACGACGUCGGGAAGCAAUAGAAAAACAACGAAAGAAACAGCAACUUGAGGCAAAGAAAACCAGCCUACCCGGAUCGACACUGGGGACCAUCGGGGGUGGAAGCAGCAGUGCCCUCCUUACGACUAGUUCCAUGGCUGACAGCAAUCACAAACCCGUCGUGGCAGUUUGGACCGAAGCCGAUAUAGAAAGAAUGAAAAAAACCAGUGUUGAAAAUGGUGACGAGAACGGUGAGAAUGUUGACGGUGACGAGCUGGACGAGUCUCUGCACGUUGGUGACGAUGCGGUGGAUUCCUUGUUCCAAUCUUUGCACACUCCCCGAAAGGCGACUCCAAACCAAAAACGCCCCAAACUUGCGCGGUCCAACAGCUCAAAUUCGAACUUACUGUCGAUGCGGUCGCGUUCCAAAGAAUUACGUGUGCCAGAGGAUGAUGUCAAGGACGAAAUCGAAAUGAUGAAGCAACUUCAUGCUAGUGUGAGUUUCGCUUCUGAUGGACACGUCCUACUGUCUCCGCAGCAACUUCGUCUACAAGAGGAGGCACAACGUCUCGAAAGUCGACAAGAGCAGCAAGCGCAACAAACACAACAACAGCAUGAGGAAGGAGUCGAACAAGCAGAGAGCCAACAAGCUUCGCAGGCUCAAGGGCAGACUGGCCGAGGUUGGCUUUCAUCUUCGAUUCUUCGGCGCUUCCGUAAGAGUAGUUCCAUCGAUUCGUCCGCUUCUUCAUCUCAACAGGUUCAAAACUACGCGAUGGAGAAGGGACCUUUGGACACAUCCAGCCUCUCCUUCCCAGCACCACUGGGCAGCGAACAACCGGGCAGUGAACCACAGCCGUUUGAAGGGAACAACUCAUUCAAGACUGCCGCAGACAUGUCAUUCCAAUCAGCAAAUGCCUCUUUCAAAACAGCUGGUGACAUGUCAUUCUCAUCAUUGCAAUCAUCUGUGACCACGUCGUUCAAGUCCCCGGUAAACUCGUCCCACUCAGCAAACACAGCCAGAUCAUCGCAGUCGGGUUUCAAGACACCAGUUACCUCGUCGCACUCAGUAAACGCAUCCAAAGCAGCACAGUCGGGUGGCAAGGAUGCCCCCCAAAUUUCAGACGAGUCUGCAGGCAGUCCGCGUCGUCGAGUCAGCUUUGCCGGUAAUUUGCAAAGGCUUUCAAUUGCAGAGGAAAGUAGCGACAGCGACGAUGAAUUCUACAACGAUGAGGCGAGCGGAGUAUCGAAUCCAACGAGAUCCUCUACAACAAUACCUAGGAUCCGUCGGCCAACGGGCAAAAGCUUGAAGCAUAGUCACUCCAUGAACCCCGUGGUCAAGUCUUCGCGAAAGCGAGUCGUGCGACAAUCCAAGACGAAUCCUGACGACAUCGAGUCGAUGCGGAGUAGUGUCACGAGCCGUGCAUCUCGCGAUCGUGUUUCAUCCUCUGAUCUGACGAGUCAGCGAAGUCGCUUAUCUAUUGCUUCUGUGCCAGUCAAAUCAAAACCACCACGACGACAUUCACCGCAACGUUCCUCCGAACCAGCCGAUCCAUUGAACCGGGGAGCAUCCAUGGAUGAUAGUUCUCAUUCUCUCACUGGCAGUGCACACUUUGUCAUCCAGAGAAUCUCUGACUCCUUUUCGAGACAGGAAUUGAUGAUGAAGUCCAAGGGCACUUGGAUGUCCACCAAAAGGGGUGCCUCCAAACUAGUGAAAGGAACAGUUCGAGGGACCUUCAACCGGGUCAAGUCAAUUCGCAAUUUUGCUUCGGAUUUCAAGGAGGCCUUAAAGACCACAGAUGCCGAUGAUUGGGCCACGGCCUUGGGUGGUAGCCUAUUGGACAGUAGUGACGAGGAGGACAAUGCUGCUGACACGCGGCGGCGUCAAGAUGUUGAAAUGGCAACAUCAAGCGGCCGUCGUCGAAAGGCGCGAUUUUACGAUGAAAGAGAAGAGGAAAAGGAGGAGAUUGAACCCAUCGCGGAAGAGCACACAGAAACAAGUCGGGGAGACGCAGAAGAAUUAGCAAAUCGCGGGAGCUUGAAAUCUGUUGCGUAA